AUGGUCGAUCCUGCCGCCGACGCGAGGGCCGCCGCCGCCAAGUCCGCCGCCGCGAGGGCCGCCGACGCGAGGGCCGCCGACGCGAGGGCCGCCGCCGCGAGGGCCGCCGCCGCGAGGGCCGCCGACCCGAGGUCCGCCGCCGCGAGGGCCGCCGACCCGAGGUCCGCCGCCACUUCCGCGGCCAUUCCUGCAAUGAAGAUGAGGCUGCUCAUCGAUACGAAGGCCAAUCGCGUUCUCCGCGCCGAGGCCGGCAAGGACGUCGUCGACUUCCUCUUGGGCAUCCUCGCGAUGCCCGUAUGCAACAUCGCCAAACUCCUCAGAAGAGACGGGCAGGCAGCGGGCGUGGCCAACAUCUACGAUAGCGCUGAGAAGAUUGAUCCCAGUUACAUGAGGAGCGGAAGCGUGCGGGACGCGCUGCUGAACCCGCAUAGGUACACUCUCCUCCAACAUCCCUUGGUCCGGUCGCCGGCCAGCACGGUUCAGGCGCCCGUGCAGGCCACGACACCGACGUCAAUGCCGCAGUCAUCUUCCGCGGCGCAGACGAGCGUAACCGUUGCAAGCGGCUCCUCUAGCUGUGGCGCCGCGGGAGGGGUCAGGACCGGCGGGUUUGUGCAGGAUUUGGUGAUCUAUACUAUCAUGGACGACCUCACCAUCGCGCCAAUGUCAAUCACCUCUGCCACGGAUCUGCUCAGCCAAUACAAAGGACUCGUGCUCGAGGAGAAGUUGGUCCACAUCGGUCUUAAGGAGCGCCUUGACAUUCUCAAGGCUUCCAUGAUGUCCAACACUGUUCUGACGGAUGUCUUCCUAUCCAAGGAGGAGACUGAUGUCUCCACAUCGAACAAUAAAAGCGCCCGUGACAAUGAGAUCCCCAGUUAUUAUAUUUGAGUUGAUUCAAGUGCAUGUUUGCGAACCCUGAAGUCUGAGAAUGGUAAUAGUGUCGCAUCUCUCCCCACAUGCAGUGUUAUUUCUUAUGACGACCGAAUUUCUGCUAUCUCACUCCAGCUGGGAGAAUAUCGUUUUUCUUCAAGAAAUUUUGUUCUUUCGACCUAGAGACCUGUAUAUGUAAGUAUCAAUGUACUGUGUUGUUAACAAAGGUUGUGAUGUUACUCUUCGAUAGGGGUUAAUCGUACAACU